AUGAGGUCUGGUAUUUUUACAGUCCGACUAAUUCGGCCUGUAGGUGGUCAAUCGGAAUUAGGAAUCACAAUAAACGAAGAUUUAAUUAUUUCUGAAGUUAAACGUGCAUCUUUGGCAUACAGAACUGGAAGCUUAAUACCUGGAGAUCAACUUUUAGCAAUCAAUGGUCAAAUAUUGUGUUUGUCUGAUUACCGAAAAAUUACUCACAUAAUCAAACACCUAAAAAAUUCAACAGUGGCUCUAACAGUAAAAAGGCCAACAAUAGGAACAACUACACGGUAUUGA